AUGGACCAAUCAGUAUUAUUUACUGUGACUCAAUCGAAAAGUCUCCUUGAAUAUAUCAUAAUUGGCUUCUCCGAUCAUGGAUACCAGAAUAACUCUGAUAUUUGUAUAUAUCAAGGUGGACAACUGAAGGAUGCGUAUAUUGAUGGCGGCUUUCAGAUCCAUUUUGACCGCAGUCAAGACUGCCAGCUCGAAGCCCAGCAAGGACAUGAAUUUCAGUUCAGGCGUCGUUUUAGCACCUGCGAUCCCAAAGAUUUUGCCUUCGAGGUAUUCCAAACAACUUAUUAA